CUACCUUAAGGAAUUAAGUCCAGCAGUAGUUUCCAAUGGAAUCAAACACAUCAAGCUUUCUUUUGAACUCUUCAACUUUGCACUCAGUUUUCUAUCAAGACAAACAAGAUGAUGGCAUAAUUGAUCUUGGUCUUAGUCUCGGAACUGUUCAUCAUGAAGCUUACCAUUCUUCUGCCAACCUGUAUGAUGGUGACCUUAUGGAUUGGCCUCACUCUAAUCUAAAUAUCAAGAAUUCAAGCACAAUGCAUUCUAGAUCUGUCCCCGAAAAUUUUGAUGAAGAGAUAGAAGGGGUGCAGAGCAAUGAAAGAUGGGCUUAUGUGAAGGUUAACAUGGAUGGGGUUACCAUUGGUAGGAAAAUUAGUGUACUUGAUCAUGGUGGAUACUCAAGUCUAGCACUCCAAUUAGAAGACAUGUUUGGAAGCCAAUCUGGUUCUGGAUUACGAUUGUUCCAAUCUGAAUCAGAGUACUCAUUGUUCUACAAGGACAGACAAGAUCAUUGGAGGCCUGUCGGUGAUGUACCAUGGAAAGAGUUUAUAGAAUGUGUGAAGAGGUUGAGGAUUGCAAGAAAGAAUGAUGGCAUUGUUUCCUGUUCAUCUAGAUACACCUAAAUCUUGCCUUAGUUUAUAGUAGAAAUUAAUCAAAGUUUGUUUUGACGUCCUUCGCUUAAGUUGUUUGGCCUUGAUGGAUUCAAUUAGUGCACAUGGUAAAGGAAACGUACCGUACGGGAUAUGUAAUCAUUAAAAUUUUAUACUUGGUGCCUCUGGGGUCCAUCGCUGUAGUACCACAUUGUUGCGUUAAAUUGAUACUAUAUAGUAAAAAUACCAAUGACUUUCGAACAACUGUUCUCCAAAUUUUAUGCUACUGGUUUGGAAAAUACAGCUGUCUGAAG